AUGGGUGACCGGCAAGUAGUUGACACAGUUGAUCAACCGCUGCCAUCUUCUCCUCUUCCUCCUCCCCCUCCUCCCUCAAAGGAUGAUAUGAUUUCAUGUGUUAUGGCUUUGGAAGCUGCUUUGCUUCCCUGUCUGCCAGCCAAAGAACUUCAAGCCAUAGACCGUUCUCCGCAUCCUUCUCAUCAAAUCGACGUGGAUCGUCAUGCUAGAGAUUUUAUGGAGGCUGCCAAGAAACUUCAACUUUAUUUUAUUAGUCUGCAACGAGAGGAUAAGCCAUCAAAAGCUGAAACGCUUAAAAAGGAGAUUGCUCUUAUGGAAGACGAGCUUAGUGAAAAAAAUGAGCUGAUUAAAAAACAAGAACAUUUGAUCCAGCAGUGGAAGAAAGAGCUGACAGAUCAGUUGGACAAACACAAUACUGAGUUGAACAGAGUUUAG